ACUUUCGGGUACAAUUAAGUCUAAAAUGUCAUCAACUACUGCCGUAAAUGUAGACGGCAUCCAAUUCGAUAGCGAUGAUUUUUUGGGUAGUGGUGGCUUCAGCUCAGUGUUUCGUGGUAGAUAUAAAGGUCAAAGUGUAGCAGUGAAAAGAAUUCUGAAGAUCAAUGGCAAAGAUCAAGCAGUUAACAACGAGUUAAAGAUUCUGCAGCAGUUACAUCAUCCCAAUAUAGUUAAAUUUGCCCACUCCGCAAGCGAUAUCAACUUCAAUUACUUUGCUUUGGAAUUAUGCGACGCAUCAUUGGAUCAGGUGUUCCUAAAAGAGGACAAUCCUCGGAAAUAUAAAGGACCUGCAUUACCAAAUAAUUUCGAGGUUUUCUCCCAAUUAGCAACUGGUCUCAAAUACAUUCAUUCGAAGAAACUAAUCCAUCGGGACAUUAAACCGGAAAACAUUCUCAUUUCUGUGAAACAUGCUAAACAAGGUAAAGACAUAACGAUCAAGUGGGCUGAUUUUGGAUUGUCACGAAAAGUGAGUGACCAAGGAACAUUCACAAUGAGUGGAAUCAGAGGGACUCUACUUUGGUUCUCUCCAGAAGAGAUGGAAAUUGUGGGCAGAGACCUACGCAUUGAAAAAACUAAAGGCUCCUAUCAAAGCGACGUUUACGCAGAGGGCCUCUUAUUCGGUUAUAUCCUCUUGAAAGGAAGACAUAUCUACGGUGAAAAUCAAUAUGAUAUUGUGUUGAACAUGAAGCAGAACAAUUUAGCCAAUAUGAGUAAAAUUCACCAGAAACAUUUAGCACGUAACUUAAUAGAACAAAUGCUGAACAACACACCUGAUACUAGAAUUACAUCUGAAGAAGUUGUUAAUCAGCUUGAAUCCAUAAAUAUCAAACUGAGCGAAAAGGAAAAACAGCUUCAUCAUUUGUGUCGAAACAAUUCAAGCCCACAAUUAAUCGAUGCGAUUAAACUCUUGAUCAAAUUCGGCAUCGACAAGGACGCGAAGAACAACGAUGGAUGGAAUGCGCUUCAUUAUUUGUGUUCUUACAAUUCAAGCCCACAUUUAAUCAAUGCGAUUAAACUCUUGAUCGAACUCGGUUUCGACAAAAACGCAAAAUCCAACAAUGGAGCGAAUGCGCUUCAUCUUUUGUGUUGUAACAAUUCAAGCCCAGAUUUAAUCGAUGCGAUUAAACUCUUGAUCGAACUCGGCUUCGACAAAAACGCAAAAUCCAACUUUGGAGCGAAUGCGCUUCAUCUUUUGUGUUUGAACAAUUCAAGCCCACAUUUAAUCGAUGCGAUUAAACUCUUGAUCGAACUCGGCAUCGACACAAACGCAAAAAACAACUAUGGAGCGAAUGCGCUUCAUCUUUUGUGUUGUAACAAUUCAAGCCCAGAUUUAAUCGAUGCGAUUAAACUCUUGAUCGAACUCGGCUUCGACAAAAACGCAAAAUCCAACUUUGGAGCGAAUGCGCUUCAUCUUUUGUGUUUGAACAAUUCAAGCCCACAUUUAAUCGAUGCGAUUAAACUCUUGAUCGAACUCGGCAUCGACACAAACGCAAAAAACAACUAUGGAGCGAAUGCGCUUCAUUAUUUGUGUCAAUGGAAUUCAAGCCCACAUUUAAUCGAUGCGAUUAAACUCUUGAUCGAACUCGGCUUCGACAAAAACGCAAAAUCCAACUUUGGAGCGAAUGCGCUUCAUCUUUUGUGUUUUAACAAUUCAAGCCCAGAUUUAAUCGAUGCGAUUAAACUCUUGAUCGAACUCGGCAUCGACAAAAACGCAAAAACCAACGAAGGAUCCAAUGCACUUCAUCUUUUGUGUCGAAACAAUUCAAGUCCACAUUUCAUCGAUGCGAUUAAACUCUUGAUCGAACUCGGCAUCGACAAGGACGCAAGGGACAACGAUGGAUGGAAUGCGUUUCACCUUUUGUGUCGAAACAAUUCAAGCCCACAUUUAAACGAUGCGAUUAAACUCUUGAUCAAAUUCGGCAUCGACAAGGACGCGAAGAACAACGAUGGAUGGAAUGCGCUUCAUUAUUUGUGUUCUUACAAUUCAAGCCCACAUUUAAUCAAUGCGAUUAAACUCUUGAUCGAACUCGGCUUCGACAAAAACGCAAAAACCAACAAUGGAUCGAAUGCGUUUCAUCUUUUGUGUCGAAACAAUUCAAGCCCACAUUUAAACGAUGCGAUUAAACUCUUGAUCAAAUUCGGCAUCGACAAGGACGCGAAGAACAACGAUGGAUGGAAUGCGCUUCAUUAUUUGUGUUCUUACAAUUCAAGCCCACAUUUAAUCAAUGCGAUUAAACUCUUGAUCGAACUCGGCUUCGACAAAAACGCAAAAACCAACGAUGGAGCGAAUGCGUUUCAUCUUUUGUGUCAAAAUAAUUCAAGCCCACAUUUAAACGAUGCGAUUAAACUCUUGAUCAAAUUCGGCAUCGACAAGGACGCGAAGAACAACGAUGGAUGGAAUGCGCUUCAUUAUUUGUGUUCUUACAAUUCAAGCCCACAUUUAAUCAAUGCGAUUAAACUCUUGAUCGAACUCGGCUUCGACAAAAACGCAAAAACCAACAAUGGAUCGAAUGCGUUUCACCUUUUGUGUCGAAACAAUUCAAGCCCACAUUUAAACGAUGCGAUUAAACUCUUGAUCAAAUUCGGCAUCGACAAGGACGCGAAGAACAACGAUGGAGGGAAUGCGCUUCAUUAUUUGUGUUGUUACAAUUCAAGCCCACAUUUAAUCAAUGCGAUUAAACUCUUGAUCGAACUCGGCUUCGACAAAAACGCAAAAACCAACAAUGGAUCGAAUGCGUUUCACCUUUUGUGUCGAAACAAUUCAAGCCCACAUUUAAACGAUGCGAUUAAACUCUUGAUCAAAUUCGGCAUCGACAAGGACGCGAAGAACAACGAUGGAUGGAAUGCGCUUCAUUAUUUGUGUUCUUACAAUUCAAGCCCACAUUUAAUCAAUGCGAUUAAACUCUUGAUCGAACUCGGCUUCGACAAAAACGCAAAAACCAACGAUGGAGCGAAUGCGUUUCAUCUUUUGUGUCAAAAUAAUUCAAGCCCACAUUUAAACGAUGCGAUUAAACUCUUGAUCGAACUCGGCUUCGACAAAAACGCAAAAACCAACGAUGGAGCGAAUGCGUUUCAUCUUUUGUGUCAAAAUAAUUCAAGCCCACAUUUAAACGAUGCGAUUAAACUCUUGAUCAAAUUCGGCAUCGACAAGGACGCAAAGGACAACUAUGGACGGAAUGCGCUUCAUUAUUUGUGUUCUUACAAUUCAAGCCCACAUUUAAUCAAUGCGAUUAAACUCUUGAUCGAACUCGGCUUCGACAAAAACGCAAAAACCAACAAUGGAUCGAAUGCGUUUCAUCUUUUGUGUCGAAACAAUUCAAGCCCACAUUUAAACGAUGCGAUUAAACUCUUGAUCAAAUUCGGCAUCGACAAGGACGCGAAGAACAACGAUGGAUGGAAUGCGCUUCAUUAUUUGUGUUCUUACAAUUCAAGCCCACAUUUAAUCAAUGCGAUUAAACUCUUGAUCGAACUCGGCUUCGACAAAAACGCAAAAACCAACAAUGGAUCGAAUGCGUUUCACCUUUUGUGUCGAAACAAUUCAAGCCCACAUUUAAACGAUGCGAUUAAACUCUUGAUCAAAUUCGGCAUCGACAAGGACGCGAAGAACAACGAUGGAUGGAAUGCGCUUCAUUAUUUGUGUUCUUACAAUUCAAGCCCACAUUUAAUCAAUGCGAUUAAACUCUUGAUCGAACUCGGCUUCGACAAAAACGCAAAAACCAACGAUGGAUCGAAUGCGUUUCAUCUUUUGUGUCGAAACAAUUCAAGCCCACAUUUAAACGAUGCGAUUAAACUCUUGAUCGAACUCGGCUUCGACAAAAACGCAAAAACCAACGAUGGAGCGAAUGCGUUUCAUCUUUUGUGUCAAAAUAAUUCAAGCCCACAUUUAAACGAUGCGAUUAAACUCUUGAUCAAAUUCGGCAUCGACAAGGACGCAAAGGACAACUAUGGACGGAAUGCGCUUCAUUAUUUGUGUUCUUACAAUUCAAGCCCACAUUUAAUCAAUGCGAUUAAACUCUUGAUCGAACUCGGCUUCGACAAAAACGCAAAAACCAACAAUGGAUCGAAUGCGUUUCAUCUUUUGUGUCGAAACAAUUCAAGCCCACAUUUAAACGAUGCGAUUAAACUCUUGAUCAAAUUCGGCAUCGACAAGGACGCGAAGAACAACGAUGGAUGGAAUGCGCUUCAUUAUUUGUGUUCUUACAAUUCAAGCCCACAUUUAAUCAAUGCGAUUAAACUCUUGAUCGAACUCGGCUUCGACAAAAACGCAAAAACCAACAAUGGAUCGAAUGCGUUUCAUCUUUUGUGUCGAAACAAUUCAAGCCCACAUUUAAACGAUGCGAUUAAACUCUUGAUCAAAUUCGGCAUCGACAAGGACGCGAAGAACAACGAUGGAUGGAAUGCGCUUCAUUAUUUGUGUUCUUACAAUUCAAGCCCACAUUUAAUCAAUGCGAUUAAACUCUUGAUCGAACUCGGCUUCGACAAAAACGCAAAAACCAACGAUGGAGCGAAUGCGUUUCAUCUUUUGUGUCAAAAUAAUUCAAGCCCACAUUUAAACGAUGCGAUUAAACUCUUGAUCAAAUUCGGCAUCGACAAGGACGCGAAGAACAACGAUGGAUGGAAUGCGCUUCAUUAUUUGUGUUCUUACAAUUCAAGCCCACAUUUAAUCAAUGCGAUUAAACUCUUGAUCGAACUCGGCUUCGACAAAAACGCAAAAACCAACAAUGGAUCGAAUGCGUUUCACCUUUUGUGUCGAAACAAUUCAAGCCCACAUUUAAACGAUGCGAUUAAACUCUUGAUCAAAUUCGGCAUCGACAAGGACGCGAAGAACAACGAUGGAGGGAAUGCGCUUCAUUAUUUGUGUUGUUACAAUUCAAGCCCACAUUUAAUCAAUGCGAUUAAACUCUUGAUCGAACUCGGCUUCGACAAAAACGCAAAAACCAACAAUGGAUCGAAUGCGUUUCACCUUUUGUGUCGAAACAAUUCAAGCCCACAUUUAAACGAUGCGAUUAAACUCUUGAUCAAAUUCGGCAUCGACAAGGACGCGAAGAACAACGAUGGAUGGAAUGCGCUUCAUUAUUUGUGUUCUUACAAUUCAAGCCCACAUUUAAUCAAUGCGAUUAAACUCUUGAUCGAACUCGGCUUCGACAAAAACGCAAAAACCAACAAUGGAUCGAAUGCGUUUCACCUUUUGUGUCGAAACAAUUCAAGCCCACAUUUAAACGAUGCGAUUAAACUCUUGAUCAAAUUCGGCAUCGACAAGGACGCGAAGAACAACGAUGGAUGGAAUGCGCUUCAUUAUUUGUGUUCUUACAAUUCAAGCCCACAUUUAAUCAAUGCGAUUAAACUCUUGAUCGAACUCGGCUUCGACAAAAACGCAAAAACCAACGAUGGAGCGAAUGCGUUUCAUCUUUUGUGUCAAAAUAAUUCAAGCCCACAUUUAAACGAUGCGAUUAAACUCUUGAUCUAAUUCGGCAUCGACAAGGACGCAAAGGACAACUAUGGAUGGAAUGCGCUUCAUCGCUUGUGUAAAUACAGUUCAAGCCCACACUUAAUCGAUGCGAUUAAACUCUUGAUCGAACUCGGUAUUGACAAAAACGCAAAAACCAUCCCCUUCUUUGGAUGGAAUGCAUACGAUCUGAGUCGGCGCAAUACAAAUCUUACAAACUGCAACCUGUACGAAAUCUUUAAAACCUGAUGAGGUGAAUUUUCGGAGAUAUUAUUUAUGGCAUUUACAAGGAUGUCAAGGUUGUUUGAAAAGUCACAAAACGCGCUACGUUGCAAUAAAUGAU